AUAAAAAGUCACAAAAUAAAAUGGCGUCGUUAUCGAGCCUUUUACCAGCUCCCACACAGCAGGUGUGGGACCGUGAUGACGAGAGGAAGGCCAAACGUGUCGGCAGUGCCUUGGUGGUGUCACAAACCAGUGUCCCGCCUUAUGGACAGAGGAAAGGAUGGAUACCCAGGGCCGAAGAGGACUUUGGAGAUGGAGGUGCCUUCCCCGAGAUUCACGUGGCCCAAUACCCUCUGGGUAUGGGAGCCAGGGGCAAGGAGAGCACUUCCAAUGCCUUAGCGGUCCAACUUGAUGAGUCUGGACGAGUUAAAUAUUCUGCUAUAGCGAGGCAAGGACAUAGUGCUGAUAAGAUAAUAUACUCAAAACUGACAGACCUGUUACCAUCAGAAGUGUUGGCAGAAGAUGAUCCCACACUACAGAAGCCAGAUGAUGAAGACAUACAGGAUAUUACGGAGAAAACUAAGCAGGCGCUAGAGAAACUUACUAAUGCUAAAAUAUCUGCUGCCUUGCCUGUAAAAGCUGCUCCUAAAGCUGCUCCGGCACAAUACAUCAGGUACACGCCUGCGCAGCAAGGAGGACAGUUCAACUCUGGAGCGAAGCAGAGGGUUAUCAGGAUGGUAGAAGCCCAGUCGGACCCGAUGGAGCCGCCGCGCUUCCAGAUCAACAAGAAGAUCCCCCGCGCCGCGCCCUCCCCGCCCGCGCCCGUGCUGCACUCGCCCCCGCGCCGCGUGUCCGUCAAGCAGCAGCGCGACUGGAAGGUGCCGCCUUGUGUGUCGCACUGGAAGAACGCUAAAGGUUACACAAUACCCCUUGACAAGCGUCUCGCAGCGGACGGCCGAGGCCUUCAACAGGUCCACAUCAAUGAGAACUUCUCCAAGCUCGCCGAAGCUCUAUACAUAGCCGACAGGAAGGCCAGAGAAGCGGUGGAAGCUAGGGCGCAGCUCGAGAGGAGAUUAGCGCAGAGAGAGAAGGAGAAGAAAGAAGAGCAUCUGAGGAUGUUGGCGCAGAGGGCUAGAGAUCAUAGAGCUGGUAUCCGAGCCCCUGAUGAUGACACAGAGACCAAUGAAGUAGAUGAGAGUGGUCUGACCGCUGCCGAGAGGGACAAGUUGAGAGCUGACCGACACAAGGAGAGGCAGAGGGAACGCAACCUGGCUAGAGCUGGACCUGAUAAGAGAUCGAAGCUAGUGAAGGACCGCGAGCGUGAUAUCUCUGAGCAGAUCGCGCUGGGUCUGCCCGCCAAGGCCAACCAGGGCGCUGAGAACAUGUUCGACCAGAGACUGUUUAACAACAGCAAGGGAAUGGAUAGCGGUUACGGCGACGACGAGGCAUACAACGUGUACGACAAGCCGUGGCGCAACCAGGACAACGUGGGCGCACACAUCUACAGGCCCUCCCGGAAUGCUGACAAGGACAACUACGGCGGAGAUAUUGAUGCUAUCGUUAAUACUAGGAGAUUCGUGGCUGACAAGGAGUUCGCUGGUACCAGCAGCAGCAACACUCGAGCUGGUCCUGUGCAGUUUGAGAAGGACGGACAUUCUAGCAGAGAUGAACCCUCACAAUCCCGUAACCAGCCUGAUGCAGACUUCGAUCCGUUCGGUCUGGAUCGGUUCUUGAGCGAGGCCAAGCGAGCCGACAAGAGUACCCGCAAGCGAGACCAUCACGACCGACACGAUACGCAUGGCAAGAAGCGCAGGGAUUAAAGAUUUCCAAGGUGUAUAGUAAAUACGCUAGUUAUUAUAUUCACAUAGCAAUAAGAAACUGGACGAAUGCUUUUGUACUGUACAGAACAUUGUCACGCAAUUAUUUUAAGUUAUAGAUAUGUAAUUAUGGUUUCAGCAAUUUUAUUUCGAUUAAAAUUGGUUCUAAUUA